AUUGGCCAGACGGCUGGGCUUCACUGACCUCCCCUCAAGCGGAUAACAGAACCGGUGAGUGCAAGCUCCGGAGCGUCAGGAUAAGAAAAGAGCGCGGCGGCAGGCAGCUCCUCCUGCGGCUGCGAGCGCCCGUCCAUGGCGUCCCUCUCCCCUUCCCUCCACCUCCCCUGCAAUUCAAGAACUGGUUUCCUUGGAAAGACACAUGGGAUUCGUCCUCGUGUUCUCCCUGCUGGAAGAGUCGGAUUUGUCAGAACAGUAGUGGAAUGCAAGGAAUCUAGAAUUGGAAAGCAACCCAUCGAAGUCCCAUCAAAUGUUACUCUCACAUUAGAGGAGCAAUUUGUCAAAGCUAAGGGUCCGCUUGGGGAGUUAUCUCUAAGCUUUCCAGGUGAUGUGAAGAUUGUGAAAGAAGAAUCUGGUAUGCUGAGAGUUUAUAAGACUGCAGAGACCAAGAGGGCAAACCAGAUGCAUGGACUUUUCAGAACACUGACAGACAACAUCAUCGUUGGUGUGUCCAAAGGAUUCGAUAAGAAGCUUCAGUUAGUGGGUGUCGGGUAUCGUGCAGCGGUGGAGGGCAACGAUCUCGUGAUGAACCUGGGAUUCUCCCACCCUGUUCGGAUGGCCAUUCCUGAAGGCCUGGCGGUCAAGGUGGAAGAGAACACGAGGAUCACCGUGAGUGGCUACGACAAGAGCGCGAUCGGUCAGUUUGCUGCCACUAUCAAGAAGUGGAGGCCACCUGAGCCAUACAAGGGAAAGGGUAUCAGAUAUAUGGAUGAGGUUGUCAGAAGGAAGGAAGGAAAAGCUGGGAAGAAGAAAUAGAAAGUGUUUGUUAUUUUUGGCCCGUUUCAUACUUCAUUUCAUUUUUCCCACUGUAAUGAUCUUCGUCUGCUAAGGCUGAACCUAAGAAAAAUCUUGUUCUGUGCUGAUCAUGGCUUAUAGAUGUACACUUUGAGCAUCC